GAGAGAGAGGAGCAAAGGAAGAAAGAAAUAGAGUAGAGAGCGUCCAGGGAAAGGAAGUAACAGGGGUUUUCGACUGAUCGGAGAGGAAAGCCAGCAAAGAAGUCGCCGGUUGAAGGAGAAGACGACGACAACGUUCAACCUUAGGUUGAGAAAAAGUGAAUAACGCAACGCAUAGGUCGCGCUGAGAAAGAGAACAGGGUUGAGCAAAGGCUUACUUGUUCCUUGGGGUCAAAGGCGCAAGCAAGGCUCACGGCCAGUCCCACUCUGGAGUUUGAUUGGUUGUAUGAAGAAAAUGGAAGGAUCAAGUUCAGACAGAAUCAGUCACCUUCCUGCUGAUGUGAAAGAAAAAAUUCUAAUGUGCCUGCCAAUGGAGGAUGCAGUGAGGACUAGCAUCUUGUCUAAGAAAUGGAGGCACAGCUGGGUGACACUUCCCCAGCUUGUUUUUAAUGAUAAGUUCUGCAGAAAAGCGAGGACAGCGCCAAAAAAUGAACUUCUCAUGGCUAUAUAUCAAGUUCUAUUGCAUCAUCGUGGACCAAUAUUAAAGUUUGAACUAUCCAUGUGCUCAUUGAAAAGUUGUUCUGAGAUCGAUCAGUUGAUACCUUUUGUGUCAAACAAUGAUCUCCAAGAACUCAUCCUUCAUAUUCAGAGUGGUGAACCAUAUAAACUCCCAUCCUCUUUUUUUUCAUGUCUUCAGCUUAAACAUUUGGAACUCCGUUUGUGUUCAUUUAAUCCUCCUCGUAGAUUUGGAGGAUUUAGCAUGCUUCUUUCCCUAGAGCUUCAGGAUGUUGCCAUUACUUCUAGGGUCCUUUCUGGAUUGAUCCACAGUUGCCCAAGACUUGAAAAGCUGAAACUUGGAAGUUGCAAAAUAUUCAGUUUCAGUCACCUUGAAAUUAUUGCCCCAAAACUUAAAUCCUUAAAUUUUGAUGGAAAAUUCCGUUCCUUAUCUUUCAAAAAUACCCCGAAACUUGAAAGAGUUUCUCUUCUUUUAUAUGAGAUCAUGCCUUGGGAAAGGUACGAGGGCAGAGAUUUAUCCAACUGGGUGACACUAUUUUCUGGUCUACCAGCUAUGGAGUUUCUGGAGUUGGACUAUGGUUGUCUCCAGUUGAUUUCUGCAGGUGGCAUACCUGAAAGGCUUCCAACUACAUUGAGUAAUCUUAAGAUUCUUGAGUUGUCUUUUAUACGUUUUGAGCACGUGUUUGAGCUCUCAAGUAUUUUCUGCUUAAUUAGAAGCUCUCCGCACUUGGAAAAACUUACAAUUGGGGUACUUGUUGACGGAAUUGAGCAUGUGGAAAUUGUUGCAAAUUUUAUAGCCGUGGAAGGAUGGUCGGCUGAUAUCUCUUUAAAUCAGCUUAAGGAAGUAGAAAUGCGGGACGUGUGGGGCACAAGGGCUGAAUUGGAGUUCAUUAAGCUUCUAUUAGGCAAAUCGCCUGUCCUAGAAAAAAUGGUUAUUGAGACAAAUGGGUUGUUGGGUCAUGAAGCAGUGAAGUUCUUGAGCAAGGUGAUGAGAUUUAAGCGCUUAUCACCUUUGGCCGAGGUCUACUAUUCAGACCCAGAUGAAGAUUUAGACGGAGACUAUUAUGAUCAAGAUUAUUAGCAUUUGGAUUGUGUCCGCUUUGAAGUUUGAGCAGCUACCAAUGGUUUAUGUGAGCUUCGAGGAUGAUCUUUUUGUGAUGUGUUGUGCUGCCAGUUCCAAGUCCAGGCAACAGCUGCUAUCCCAUAUCUCCUUGGUAAAUUUUGCAACUUGUUGGGAAUUUGGCCAAGUUAUGAAAUUAUGUACUUAUGCUUGGUGACAGCUUUGUUUUGUUUUGUUUAUAUUAUUCUUAUUACUUUGGAUGAUUGCUGGAAGAUGUAAUGCUUUUGGGACAAUAAAGAAAAUGUCUCUAUUGUUGAUCAGCUUCUAUACAGUGGAGAUGCUAUGCUACCACCACUUUCCAGAGCUUGAAUUAUAUGAUGCUAUUUUGCAUUAAA